AUUCAACCGACAUUGACUUUACGAAUUUACAGAAUCACCGAACACACACACACAUAAAAGAAACACAAUGGAUUCAGAUUCUGACCUCGAACUAUCACCCGAGACUCUCAAGGCUCUUCAACAAGUCAUGCAGGAGCAACAGGAGCAACAGGAACGAUUCGAGACACUUCGUCAGCAGGCAGAGGAACGUUUUGAUGAAGCUCAGGAUAGUCAUGAAAAUAACAACACUCAAAACAAGCCUGCUAUCACCAUGGAUUUUUUCAGAGAAGAUUGGCAAUUAAGUCAGUUUUGGUAUGAUGACGCUACUUCAGAGAAAUUGGCUCGAGAGAUCCUGAACAACACAGAUCAACAGAGUAUUGUCUGUUGUAUCAGCUCGCCCACUGCCUAUGUAAAAUUGAUGUCCAUGAGCCCUCCAAACCCCAACAAUCUCUUUUUGUUCGAAUACGACACCCGUUUCGAUGUCUAUGGUCGUCAAUUUAUUCAUUACGAUUACUCUAAGCCUCUCGAAUUUCGAUUGGCGGACGAACUCAAGGGAUCGGUCGAUAUGAUUGUGGUCGAUCCUCCAUUUUUGAGCGAAGAGUGUCUCACAAAGACUUUGCAGACCGUGCGUAUGUUACUCAAGAAGGGUGGCAAAGUAGUCUUAUGCACAGGCGCUGUCAUGCUUGAGAUCGCGAAAGCCGACGGACUCCAGCUGACGACUUUCCAUCCUGGACAUCAAAAUGGAUUAUCGAAUGAUUUCCGAUGCUUUGUAAACUACAAAUCAGAGCAAUUUCCAUAUUCCCAAGAUUCUUAA